AUGACCCCCAAAACAGUUUUGAUCACUGGCUGCAGUGAGGGUGGUAUUGGAGAUGCUCUAGCAAAAUCUUUUCAUCGCCAAGGUCUUCGAGUUUUCGCUACAGCUCGAAAUCUUGCUAAAAUCGAACAUCUCAAAAAGUUAGGACUUGAUACUUUUUCACUUGAUGUCACAGAUUCGACGUCCAUCAAGGAGGCUGUUAAUGCCGUAACAUUGAAAAUUGGAGGGAAAUUGGAUUUCCUCGUUAACAAUUCCGGUGCUUGUUACGCCAUGCCACUAUUAGAUUCUGAAGUAUCACUUGCUCAAAAGAUGUUCGACAUCAAUGUCUUCGCUCUCGUCGCAGUAACACGGGCGUUCUCACCACUUCUCAUUUCCUCCAAAGGGACAGUUAUUAACAUCGGCUCAGUCGCUGGCAGUAGCCCCGGAUAUUGGCAAGGAUAUUAUAAUGCAAGUAAAGCAGCAGUAAACUUGAUUACUGAUCAACUUCGUCUUGAACUCGAGCCUCUCGGUGUUAAAGCCAUUCUUGUAAUCACUGAUAACUCGCCAUAUGCCCCGGCGAGAGAUGUGGUUAAAUCUGCUGCGGCAGGAGAUAUCAUAUUGAGUAAUGCAGUGGAUGUCGAUGUUUAUGCCAAUAAAGUCGUGAAGAACGCUUUGAAGAAGCAUCCACAGACACAUCAGUUGGCUGGUGCAGAUGCUUGGACGGUUUGGUUCCUCUCGACCUUCUUUUGGCAUACUAUUUGGGAUAUGUUGCUACCCUCAAGAUGGAAUAUGCCAGAAUUGAAGAGGAGACUCUCGGCGGCGAAUGGACAGGGAUAGGUUGCAAUAGUUGAGC